AUGACGACAGAAGACAAUUAUCUCGAUGUUAUAGAAUUAAAUGUAGGUGGUGUAAUAUAUGCAACAACAAUAGCAACAUUACAACAAGCUGAACCUGAUUCACCACUUGCAACAAUAACAUUAAUAAAUUCAUCUGAAAUGCCAACAACAUUCGGACGUGAUAGCAAAAAUCGAAUAUUUAUUGAUCGAGAUGGUGUUCUUUUUCGUUAUGUAUUAGAUUAUUUAAGAAAUAAGAAAUUAUCAUUACCAGAAAAUUUUUCUGAACGUGAACGUCUUCGACUUGAAGCUGAUUAUUAUCGAUUAUCUGAUAUGAGUCGAGCAUUAGGACAACAACGUUCAUAUGCUAAUACAAAUGGAAAAUAUUUUAAUGAAAAUUUAGUUCAUAUGAGUGCAACAACUAACUCGAUUGAUUUUAACUCAUCAUUUAAUAGUUCACGACCUCCACCUCGUUCUAAUAGUGGAUAUAUUGUUAUUGGUUAUCGAGGUACAUUUGCUUUUGGUCGAGAUGGUUUAGCUGAUGUAAAAUUUCGAAAAAUUUCUCGUAUACUUGUUUGUGGUCGUGUACAUCUUUGUCGUGAAGUAUUUGGUGAAACAUUAAAUGAAUCACGAGAUCCAGAUCAUGGUCAAACUGAUCGAUAUACAUCACGUUUUUUUCUUAAACAUACAUUUCUUGAACAAGCAUUUGAUCUACUUAGUGAAGCUUCAUUUUUUAUGGUUGGUUGUGCAGCAAGUGGUUGUAGUAGUUCAACUAGUGAAAUAGGAAAACAGACUGAUAAUGAAGAAAAUCGUUGGCUGCAUUAUAAUGAAUUUGUCUUUUAUCGCAGUUAA